CGGAAGCGACCAUGUCAUCGUCACCCUGGCGGCCUCAUCAUGGGGCGCGUGCGCACCAAGACGGUGAAGAAGGCUGCCCGGGUCAUCAUAGAAAAGUAUUACACUCGCCUGGGGAACGAUUUUCACACCAACAAGCGAGUGUGUGAGGAGAUCGCCAUCAUCCCCAGCAAGAAGCUGCGCAACAAGAUUGCUGGAUAUGUGACUCACCUGAUGAAGAGGAUCCAGAGGGGUCCUGUCAGAGGAAUCUCCAUCAAGCUGCAGGAGGAGGAGCGUGAGAGGCGAGACAACUAUGUACCUGAGGUGUCGGCCCUGGACCAAGAGCUUAUCGAAGUGGACCCGGACACAAAGGAGAUGCUGAAGCUGCUGGACUUCGGCAGCCUCUCCAACCUGCAGGUGACGCAGCCGACGGUGGGCAUGAACUUCAAACAGCCACGAGGAGUUUAGACCGAAGACUGGAACCUGUGCGCCUGCACCCGCCCCCCAACCCCACCCGGCCUGCUGUUAUUUCAUUAUGUUGAAGUGAAUUAGCCAGAAGCUUUUGCCAGGGCUGACCCGACUUGUCCGGGUGAAGGUGACGAGUGAGGUAGACUUUUGAGAAGUCUUAACCUGACAAACCAGUCGUUUUACUGCUGUCUUGAAUCGACUUCAGCGCUGGUUGCUGCAUGACACAAUCACUGAUUCCAUUGCUGCUGUUUUCAUGUGUUAGAAAUACAGAAGUUACAGAUCGCUGGUGAACUCCAUGUUCGAGUCGUGGAUUGAAUGCUUACAUAAGUGAAGUGUUCCAGGUGUGAUGUGGUUUCUCUUCCCUGUCCUUUUGUGUAGAAACUUUGGUUCUCGAACCUGUGAUUUAUUUUUUUGUUUUUUUAUGUUUUUUAAUCAUUUCCAAAUAAAUGUAUGAAGGUGAA